AUGAGUAAUGAAACAUUAUUAUUGAAUGAUGAUAAAAAUUUGAUAAAAAAUCAAGAAGAAUCAAUAGAUAAAAUGAAGAUUGAACAACAAGAAGAUAAUAAUGAUUGUAUUGUGGAUACAAAUGAUGGAUGUUUACAGGAAAAAUCAUCCACAAAGAUAAUAAUCAAUGAAAACAAUAAUAGUAAUGGUGAUGUUUCCACAAUGAUAAAACCACAAUCCAUAUCGAAUGAUUGUGAAUCAAUAAAUGAUCAAAAUUUGGAUACAACAACGACAAUUAGUGAUACCCAGAGUGAAUCAUCAACAACAACAACAACAAAUUCUGAUGAUAAUAAUGUAAAUAAUGAUGAUGAUAAUGAUGAUCAUCAUCAACAAAUGGCCGGAAUAUUAAAUAUUAUAAGCAAUAAUGAUAAUCAAAUGAAUGAUGAAACUAUAAUGGCAAAUAUUGAUGGUCUUAAUCGUGAUAAACAAGGUCAACAGCAACAACAAUUGUCAACAACACACAAUAUGACAUUAACUGCCAAUCAUAAACAGCAACAGGUACCACCAUUUCCAUUAUUAGCCGGUGAAUCAUUAUUACAUCAUGAAACAACCAAUGAAUAUCAGAUUUUUUUAACAAAUUAUCGAUUUUUUGUAAAAAAUAUUCCACAUAAACAUCGAUCAACGAUAAUAUCGCAAGUACCACCAGCAUCAUCAAUGAUUACAAUGAAUGGUGGUACAUCAGCUGUUAGCUAUCAAAAUGGUUUAAAUGGUCAUGUUACAAUAAUGAAUAAUAAUAACAGUAAUAAUAAACAUUGUAAUCAUAAUCAAUUGAAUCAUCUACAGCAACCUCAACAAAAUGAUCGUAAUAAUUAUAAUCAUCAACAACAUAAU